AUGGGAGUCCAAAAGAAGACCCGCAAGUUUGCCCAGACCAAGCGAGCAAUCUCUUUACGUGAUAAUCGCCUCAAGGAUAAUGCCAAAGACGAUAAGAAUGGCAAAGCCACCAAAGCUGGGAAGGAGGAGUGCAUCCCAAUUGUUACCGACUGCGUUAUUGCAGAGUUGGAGAAGCUGGGCCAAAAAUACCGACUCGCAUUGCGGGUCGCAAAGGACCCCCGAUUUGAAAGAAUCAAGUGCGAUCACAAGGGCACAUAUGCCGAUGACUGCCUUGUUGACCGUGUCAUCAAGCACCGUGUCUAUAUCGUGGCAACCAAUGAUCGUGAUCUUAAGAGACGCAUUAGGAAGAUUCCUGGUGCCCCAAUAAUGAGCGUGGCGCGUGGGAAAUAUGUGAUCGAGCGACUCCCCGAUGCUCCCGAGAAGUGA